AUGGCAGAUGGUGAAUGGCUUACUCCACGACAACUAAGCGCACUUUCGUACGAAGAACAGCAAGCAUAUAUUCGUCAAACGCUUGAAGAGAGCCAAGAAGAAAUAAGUGACCACGAUUCAGUAGUUGGUGACGAGGCUUUAGAUGAAUGUGUAGGUGAUAUUGGUGGUGAUGACUUAGACUUAGAAGAGCCCACGUUACCAGAAUAUGACCCAGAGGACGACAGUGAUUCUGAUGAAGAACUUGAAGAUGCACCAAUUGAAACUGGGGAAUAUUUUACUGCCAGAGAUGGUAAUGUUUGGUCUUCGAUACAACCUGUAAGAUUCCGUACGCACAACAUUCUAAGAAGUGCACAAUCUGGACCAGUACGGACAACGCAAGGUUUGACCAUUUCAGAAACGUUCAAAUUGAUAAUGUCAGACGAAAUAUGCGACAUAAUUAUUCGUGAAACAAAUCGAAAGGCAAGGCAAUUCUUUGAUGAUGACAAUGCAAAACAUCCAACAAGAGAACCGAGAUCAUGGAUUCCCAUAACAGAAAGUGAAUUUGAUGCAUAUUUGGGCGUACUUUUGCUAAGCGGCGUUACACAUUCUGGUUACGUGCAUACGAAAGAUUUGUGGAAUACUAAAUCACAUCCAUUAUAUCGUGCUGCAAUGAGUGUUCGACGAUUUUGGGAAAUUAGCCGCUUCAUUCGUUUUGAUAAUGGAAACACACGCCAGCAACGCAAACAAACUGACAAAGCAGCAGCAAUAUCGGACGUUUUUUUGAUGCUAAACAGCUGUCUUCGUAGAUAUUACGUGGCAGGAGCCAACGUCACCGUAGAUGAACAAUUGUAUGCUUAUCGUGGUGGAACUGGCUUCACGCAAUACAUAUCAUCAAAACCUGCCAAAUAUGGGAUAAAAGUGUGGUGGGUGUGCGACUCCAUUUCGUCCUAUCCAUUGCAGGGACAAAUCUAUACAGGAAUGGCACCGUCUGGUGAACGUGAAAGAAACGUUGGUGAAAGAAUGGUCAAAGAUUUAUGUAUCAACCUUUUUGAUGGAAGUGGAAGAAAUAUUGUAUGUGACAACUUUUUCACUAGCUACAACUUGGCAAAAUCUUUGAUGAUAGACAAUAAUUUAUCUAUAUUGGGUACUUGCAACAAAAGGCGUACAUUCGUGCCAGCAGCAUUUGCCAACCCCAAGGGACGUGAGGCUGAAUCGUCAAUGUUUGGGUUCUAUAAUCACGUUACGAUGUGCUCGUACGUGCCUAAGAAAAACAAGGCAGUUGUAUUAUUGUCCACUUCUCAUUAUACAACAAAAACGUCCGGUCCUAAGAAGAAGCCAUUGCUUAUAUUGGACUACAACAAAACCAAAGGUGGAGUUGAUAGCAUGGACAUGUGCUUGUCCGAAUAUAGUACCAAGCGGCGCACAAAUAGAUGGCCUUUGGCUUUCUUUUAUAAUAUUGUGGACGUUGCUGCGUUUGCUGCAUACAUAAUAUACGUUGACAACAACACUCACCUGAAGUCAUAUACAAGCCGCCGUAUCAUGUUUCUCCAUCAGCUAAGUGAGCAACUAUGCAAGCCAGAAAUAGAGAGAAGGGCGAAUAACAGCAGAAUAUCCAGAGUUUUUUCAACGCGCAACGCCAUCGAAGCCAUGAUAGGUAGGCCCAUCCGAGUUGUGGAUGCUGGAGCACAUGAAGCGGAGGAGCGUGAUAGUACGGGACGCCUAAAAGUAAAGGGGAAUUGCUAUAUCUGCUCCAAACGACGCCCUACUGAAAGCAUGUACAUUAUGCAACAAACCGGUGUGCGCAGAGCAUUCCAAAGACUUUCCGUAAUGCGAUAG